AAAAACAUCACCCAUUCUCCGAAAACCUAAAACCAUAAAACCUUAAACCUCCGAGCCUUCCUCAACAGUUCCGGGGUCGUGGGAUCUCCUCCUUCGAAUCCCAUCAUCCUCUGGGUUCUUCAGGCUUUUCAGAUUGGAAAUCUAAGUCCUUUCCUUCGCUGCUCGGCCGUUAGGACCAAUAGCGGACGAGGUGAAGAUUGGCUGUGUAUAUAUAUUUGUUCAGUCUUGCUGGGUAUUUUGAUCCGGUUCUGUUGAUUCGUGCUGGGUUUUGAUUAGUUUGGCCGAUGAACCUUUGAAGUUCAUGGAAAUCGAGAGUUUGUUUGCUUGUUCACUGUCGUGGGGAUACGCGGGAUCCGUUUCUGAAAUUCCUGUUAGAAGCUGGUUUUGAUGGUAUUGACUGACUAAUCAUGCCUGUUAUGGUUCGAGACUAAUUCGCAGAGGAUGCUUGAUUUUGAAUGUCCUACAUUUCGCUGAAGUUUGGUGUGGUUGAUGGGUAGUGGAGAUUUCGGGAAAUCAAUCUGUGUAGUCUCGGUUUCACCAUACGGGCAUGUUUAGAAUCGAGGCAGGCCCUGGAUCAUGCUUUCUCUGCGAUCCAUUCGCAGAUUCUGCUGUUCUGCCACUGGCAUUGCUUCUAGUACGGAAUUGAAUCGGAUUCAAGUUUCGAAGCGUUGUGAGGAGCCUGCACUUGUCAAGCUCAAAUCUGAGCGAGAUCCAGAGAAGCUAUAUCAGCUCUUCAAAGCUAAUGCCACGAACCGUUUGGUUGUUGAGAAUCGGUUUGCUUUUGAGGAUACAGUUUCUAGAUUAGCUGGGGCACGUCGGUUUGGUUAUAUCGAAGAUCUACUUGAGCAUCAGAAGUCUCUUCCGCAAGGUAGGCGUGAGGGUUUCAUUGUUAGGAUUAUAAUGUUGUAUGGAAAGGCUGGAAUGACAAAGCAUGCCCUUGACACUUUCUUUAAUAUGCAUUUGUAUGGGUGCAAGAGGACUGUCAAGUCCUUCAAUGCGACGCUUAAGGUUUUGACUUUGAACCCUGAUCUGUUCAUCAUCCAGGAGUUUCUUCGCGAUGUUCCGUUUAAGUAUGGGGUUGAACUUGAUUCCUUCUCUUUUAAUAUCGUCGUCAAAGCUUUCUGUGAGAUGGGAGUUCUUGACAAGGCAUACCUGAUUAUGGUAGAUAUGGAGAAAUCAGGUUUGAUACCAGAUGUGGUUACCUAUACAACCCUUAUGUCAGCUUUUUACAAGCACAAUAAGUAUAUGGUUGGGAAUGGGCUGUGGAACCUUAUGAUCCUCAAAGGCUGUACGCCUAAUCUCACCAGUUUUAACGUUAGGAUUCAGUUUUUAGUGAAUAGGAGACGAGCAUGGGAAGCAAAUGAUUUGUUGCUGCUAAUGCCAAAACUCCAGAUAGUACCUGACGAGAUAACAUAUAAUUUGGUUAUCAAGGGGUUUUGUCUUGCAGGGUACCCUGAAAUGGCCAAAAGGGUAUAUUCAGCCAUGCAUGGCAAAGGGUACAGACCCAAUUUGAAGAUCUAUCAGACCAUGAUACACUAUCUUUGUAAGGGAGGGGUAUUUGAUUUGGCUUAUACAAUGUGUAAGGAUUGCAUGGGGAAGAAGUGGUACCCAAACAUGGACACUGUCCGUACAUUGCUAGAGGGGCUUGUGAAUACUGGCCGACGCGACAAGGCCAAGCUAAUCAUGGCAUUGGUUUGCAAACGGGUGCCUCCAUUUAGCUCGAAGCAGUUGUUUUCCCUGCAGUUGGUUCUGACAAAGGAUUGAUCAGUAAAAUUGAAAAGAAAAGGAGGACUUGUUUUUUGGUUACACAGAUACAGCGGCUUGAAGGAUUCUUUCUACGGAGGUUGAUUUUGUAGCCCUCCAGCUGAAGGCGCAUCCAGCUAUCUGUUCUUCCAGAUAAAGCUUGCCAUGAAAUGGAUAUACACAUUGAGAAUGAGAUAUGGUUCAUUUUCAACGUCAUUUGUGCGCUGUUGAUUUCAGCAGCAGAGCACAAGGGGGGGUACGCUAUGUCCUGAUCGCAAGCUGGAAUCCACCCGUAAGAAUCUUGAUUUCGCUCUCCAAUGUUCAGUUCGGCCUAAAGAAUUAUUCUGUUGUUGGCCGAGGCGGCGUAGCUUAUCUCAGUGGCCAGAGGCUUAUACUGCCACUACGCACUGGCAAAAGAGCAGAGACCAAAGAUUUCCGAGAGAGGGCUUGUGAUAAUACUCUGAUUCAAAGCGGCAGUGUUAUCUGAAAGCGAGCUACUUGUUUUUUUUUUUUUUUCAAAAAAAAAAUGAUUUUUUGAUUCAAUUGUUGAUGUACCUUUGUUUCCUCCGAAGGAGAAGGAGAAGUACGAGUUGUCGGAAUAAACAAACAAGCAUUGCCAUUGCCUCUGGGAUUUCUUUUCAUGUGUC